AUGGAGUGGGUUCGAGGCCACCAACUGGGUCGCGGAAGUUUUGCCACAAUCUAUUUAGCCAAGUUUACAAAUGGGUCCGAUCAGCAUCUGCCAUUAAUGGCGGUCAAAUCCUCUGUUUCUGAAUCCUCUGUUUCGCUCAAGAACGAGAAGCAAAUUCUGGAUCGAAUUGGGAGUUGCCCGCAAAUCAUCACUUGUUUUGGGGAUGGAUUUAGUGUUAAAAAAGAUGGGGACAAGUAUUAUAAUCUGUUAUUGGAGUAUGCCAAUGGCGGAAGCCUUGCGGAUGCUCUGAAAAUCCACGCCGGUGGGUUGCCGGAAUUCGAUGUUCGAAGGUAUACGAGGGGGAUUCUUUGUGGGCUUCGGUAUAUUCAUUGCAAUGGGUUUGUUCAUUGCGAUUUGAAGCUUUCCAAUGUGUUAAUUUUUGGGAAUGGUGAUGUUAAGAUCGCUGAUUUUGGGCUUGCUAAACCCGCGGGAAAAAUGAAGGCGGCGGAAACAGAGGAGAGGUUUCAGUGGAGAGGGACUCCGAUGUAUAUGUCACCGGAGAAUGUCAACGGCGGUGAGUAUGAGCCGCCGUGUGAUGUUUGGGCAUUAGGUUGCGCCGUCGUGGAGAUGGUGGCAGGAAAGCCGGCGUGGAGAGUUGGGCCGGAAACGGAUAUAUUCGCGCUGAUGAUGAGAAUCGGAGUCGGAGACGAAGUACCGGAGGUUCCGGAGAAUCUAUCAGCGGAGGGGAAAGAUUUUCUCCGGCGAUGUUUUGUCAAGGAUCCGAGAAAUCGGUGGACGGCGGAGAUGCUUUUGAAUCACCCAUUUGUCGCUGGUGGCGGCAGUACUGUUACAUUGAAGGAAGCGGAACUGGCGACGGAGUCGCCGACGGGUCCUUUCGACUUCCCGGAAUUCGUUUGCUCCGAACAAGGUCCGGAAGAGUUGAGUUUGUGUUGGGGUAAUUCGUCGCCGGAGAAGAUGAGGAGGAGGGUGGGGGAAUUGGUAACCGAGAAGCCAUUGCAUUGGUCUGUGAUGGAUAGUUGGGUGACAGUGAGGUGA